CAUCUCUCCACAUCACUCAUCUGUGCCUGUACAACACACUUUCAAUGUAUGUUCAUUACAGUUCUGCUCAUAUUUGGUGCUGGAGGUGAUGCGUUUCCCUAACUUGCAGUUUGAGGUCUCAUGUCCUGGUGAGCUCUGUCCAGGAUCAAGCAUAAUCCUGAAAAGAAAGACCUUCUCAAAGAGCUCAAGGUUCGAAAUCAAUUUUCUUUGUGACCGGGAUGACAGGAUAGCCUUCCGUUUCAAACUCCACUUUACUAAGUCAGACAUCAUCUGCAACUCCUUCACAGGGAACUGCUGGGGGCAGGAAAAGAGCUCUAGUAACUUCCACUUCAGCACCGACGAGCCAUUCCAGGUUGAAAUUUACUCAAACAAUGAUUACUUCCACAUUUACUUUGCUGACACAUUUCUACUAGAGCAUGUAACCAGCCUGCAAAGCCCUCUGGAAAGAAGUGCGGAAGCAGGGGAGUCAUAUGGAACCCCGGCGGGCGACCGGGACUGGUAUAACGUGUACCAGUCCUCGGAGUUGGACUAUGUGGACUCCUACUGUCCAGCAGAGAGACCUUCCCUCAUCCUGGCCUCGCUUUAA